AUGCUGCUAUUCGACUCUGUUAUUCUUGGAUCUGCAGGGAACCUUCCUAUUAUUCCCCCUCCGACUGCGGAAUUCUCCAUAAUGAGGCCAUUCAACAUACCUGAAAGCGUGUUCAAGGCUACGCUGGAGCCUCGAUUUCCCAUCACAGCAGCGUUACUUUACGUGGUCGCCGUGGGUGCGCUCAACAAAUACAACAGAUCGCGAGAUGCCAAGCCGUGGCCCAUCAGCAAAAGACCAUGGUUCUCCAAGUUUGUCAUUAUGCAUAAUUCCUUGCUAGCUGUCUACUCGGCGUGGACAUUCUGCGGCAUGGUAGGAGUGCUGCGACGAACGCUUGUCGGUCCAGGGGGCGCAGCGGGAUUGUCGGCAACGUACGACAGCCUCUGCCGCAUUCAUGGUCCCGCAGGACUGGGACGCUCAAUAUAUUACGACGAAACACUUGGCCGCUGGACUAGCGUUGAUGCCGAGGUAUCAUUCGCCGCCAUGAAUGGCACUUACCCGUUGAGUAUGCCUUCUGGUCGUAUCUGGAGUGAGGGCAUGGCGUAUUACGGGUGGUUAUUUUACGUCAGCAAGUUAUACGAGUUUCUUGACACAUUCAUUAUUCUCGCAAAGGGUAAAGAGAGCUCGUUUCUACAAAUAUACCACCACAGUGGUGUCUUGGUAGGUACCUGGCUUGGCUACCGUGUCAUGGCCUCACCAGCUUGGAUUCUCGUGUUUUUGAACUCUUUUGUACAUUCAUUAAUGUACACCUAUUAUGUGUCACGAGGCAUCAGCAUACGGGUACCGAUUGCUAUCAAGCAAAGUCUCACACUUUUACAAAUCGUACAAUUCGUUGUCGGUGGAGUAUUUGGUGUCAUACAUUUCUUUAUUGAAUUUGACAAUCCAACAAUCGCUGCCAUGACAAAAUUAUAUGGCGACGACGAUGAUGCUUCACCCAGCAUCAUGAGUGCAGAAGCUAGACAACCGUGCAUGAUUUCGUCCACAGAACGACUGACAGCUGCACUCGGUAUUGUUUCGCUUAUCCCGCUUACUUGGCUCUUUGUCAUGUUUUUCAUUUCAAAUUAUUUGAAAAACCAUCCGCGUAAAGUCGACUACCAAAAGACCAGAAUGCCCAGCAUGAAGAAAGACAGCUAG